GCGGGAGGAGCGACUUCGACUUCGACUUGAUCUUUCUCCUGUUUUCUUAUUAUCAUCGUCACAAUCACCAUCAACUAAACUCGUCAUUCCCUUUUGCUUUUUUUCGCUGGUCAAGUCGAGCUUUCAUUCUUUCGCAUCGGCUCCAGCAUUUCACUCUUUUUUGAUCGUUAAUUGCUACCCUUUUUUGCGGAACGUGCAUACGAUAGAAGUGAUACCCACCGAAGAAAAUCUUAACGCGUCUUGAAGGAUAAAUACAGUUGAAAGAGACCGAAGGAAAGAAAGAUCGAUCACGAUGCGCUUCACCUCUAUCCUCUCGGCUGCUGCCGUCACCGGCCCUAUCGUGGCUUCUGCCGCUGGCCAGCUCGGCUUCGCUCUCGGCAACAAGAAGUCGGACGGAACGUGCAAGGCGGCUAGCGAUUACACGGCUGAUUUCGCUGCCUUGACUAAGGAGACCGGCACCAAGGUCGUUCGCAUCUACGCUGCUUCCGACUGCGAUGUCGCGAAGCUGAUCUUGCCUGCUGCCAAGACCGCGGGUUUCCAGGUUAUUCUGGGUAUCUGGCCCGACACCGACGAGUCCUUCCAAGCAGACAAAGCCGCCAUCGUCGCCAACGCACCCAAAUACAAGGACCAAGUCUACGCCAUCACCGUCGGUUCCGAGUCCCUCUACCGCGGAAACUUCACAGGUCCCGAGCUCCUCAAGAAGAUCCAAGACGUGAAGUCCGCCACCGGCGGCGCAUUCAAGAUGGGCACAGCGGACUCCUGGAACAAAUACGCGGACGGCACGGCCGACGCGGUCGUCAGCUCCGGCGACGUCGACAUCCUUCUCACGAACGCGUUCUCGUACUGGCAAGGCCAGGUGCUCGCGAACGCAACCGGCUCCUUCUACGACGACAUCUUCCAGGCCUUCGGACACAUCCAGGAGAAGGCCGGCGGCACGGACAAGAUCGAGCUCUGGGUCGGCGAGACGGGCUGGCCGACCGCCGGCGACAAGUACCAGAACGCGCAGCCGGGCACCAAGCAGGCUUCGACGUUCUACAGCCAGGCCGUGUGCGGUAUGGUGGACUGGGGCUUCAAUGUCUUUUUCUUCGAGGCUUUCGAUGAGAGCUGGAAGCCCAAGGCUAUUGGUGAGGAUGGAAGCGUUGCUGAUGAGACUUCGUGGGGCGCGAUGACGGCUGAUCGUACGGCUAAGUACUCGCUUAAGUGCUAAGUCGGUUGGUCGAUCGGACUGUUAGUUGGGUUUCCUGCCUGUUGCGGCUGGGUGGUCUGAGGUCUUGGGGGUGGGGUAGUGUGGUGCAGGGUGGAAGUACAGAGGGAAGACGGCGGAGGAAGGGGAGGAGGGUCUUAGACUAGGCGCGCGCUGCAAUGUUUCUCUCGGUUAUAAUUUAUAUCCUGUCAUAUACCACCGAUUACGUACGUCGUAGGAGGGAGAUAGUAGACGUGAUACCAUAUACACUUGCUCUAUAAACUUGAUCUUACGAAUUUGUUUGUUUUUGG